AUGAGGUAUGGAGGCGAGGUUCGGCGUUCUUGCAAAUUCUGUCGCAAGAGAAAGAUGAAGUGCUCGGGAGUAAGUCCAGAUCGCGACCUACGCAUGUUGAAUUCUGCUGCUGACCCUUCAUGUCUCCUUCGUUCUUCAACCAAUCACAGGAAAGACCUUGGUGCAGCAACUGUAAGGGCAAGAAUAAACCUUCUGACCCAUUCACUUUCCACGCUGUUCCUUCACAACACAGGCGUCUACGACACUGGCACGAUCCGAAUCAAGAAACAGGAAGAAGACGUCCUUCAGGCUGCCAGACGCGAGGCAGGUACCCUAGCUCUGCCUGGUACUAGCCGUAGUUACACUCUCUACUCGGAGCUGAACUCACUAUAUAAUAGACUCUGGGAGCAAACUCGAGGAUACUGGGCAAAACAGAAUGCCAUCCUCGGUGACGGAUCUCGGCCACAGACGACCGCCAUCAACUAUCAGCAUGGACUGUCGCAGAUCUUGAGGAGAACCAUCGACUCUCUCGCCGUCAAGACUUUGCCUUUCGGCGAUCAGCUUCAAGUGCCCAGCAUCGCCCUCUGUGCCGGCCAAAGUGAUCAACCCGGUCGUUAUGCCGACACAUUCACACCCGUGUCGAUAGGGAUUCUCAGCGGUGAGGGAAAAUUCGGCAAAGCUAGAUUGCUGCAGCUCAUCGAUCUUGCCUUUAACAGUCAUCCGUUUCUCUCCGCCAUUGUCUCCCGAACUCUCUUUCUGGAGGACAUUGAGGACGAAACGUACGAUCGACAGCUCUUCGAUUGCAUCCUGAUCGCAGCUCUCGGUCUCAGGGAGCACUUUGCAGGCGCAGUCGGUGCUCGUGCUUGUACUGAAGAGCUGCCUGAAAUCGAGGAUCUCAUCCCCAAGACCACCGAUAUCCUCAACAGGGUCAAGCUGGGUACGCUCAAUGCGUCGAAAAUGCAUGUCAGCAUCCAGUGCAUGAUGCUUUUAGCCUGGCAUGAGCUCGCGCAAGGCUUCCUCAAGCGAGCUUCGACGUGGUGGACGUUUGUCUGUGGGCUGCUUGUUCAAGCUCGAUAUCUCGCUGCACAAGAGGACCAGCUUGAAUGCAUCGUCAACGGCGUUGAUAAGCUGGUGGUAAAGGAGGAAGAGCUCAACAACAUGCGAGCCAUAUCGCAACUUGUGCUGCUGUGGCUACAGCUCAGUCUCGGAUCGAUCCCUACGCACAAUGCACUACUCUCUUGCAGCCAUGUGGGAAGAGAAGCUCCGAAGCUUGGCUCAGCCAUGUGGGAGCUUGAAGAGAUCAGCGGCAACAUCUCGAUGGUCGAAAGCUUCCAUGCUUCAUCGACAAUGGUGCGCAACAUCGAGUCAUUGCUGGGCUGCCUUACCGAGAGGUUUGCCGACCAUAAGAUGUCCAAGAGCUCUACAGGCAGGCAUCCUUCAACUAUAUAUAAUGAUUACGAGCUCGCUUGGAGGGUCAACACUACUCUCGUUCAAGCAAGCACAAUGUGUUGGAGUAAGAUCAUCGCGAUUCCCGCGACUUCCUUCGCAGCAUUGCUUUUGUGCAUGCAGGCAAACCGUCAAGAUAGGUCGCCGAUGAGCGCCCAAAGAGUCGACCUCAUUAUCAAGAUCUGCGCAGCUGUCUCUCUGCAGCUUCGGGACAUCUUUGGAGAUGCUGAAGGCCUCGAUUCAGGCAGUGCCAGCAACGGGGAUCUGUUGAUCUCGCACAUGCGGGCUAGAGCACUCUUUACAGCGGCCAUGGACGAAGCGCUCGUCGCUGUCACGAUGGUGGAGGCGAUUGCACACACAUUCGAGGGCUUGCUCGACCUUUCAAGCUCUGAUGCAUCUCCAUCAAAUGGGAACGAGGUCGGAGAUAUGUUCGACCUAUCAGAUGAAGCGCGUCAACACGUUGUCGAGAAACUGGGCGUCAUCAUGGGCAUCCUUUGUACCAUCAUUGACUGUUUCGACAACAUUCCGAAGCGGGGCAAGCGGGCGAAGCAGACGGCGUCAAAGCUGUCUGGGCUCCGAACUCGCCUUGAAGAGCUCAACGUGCAAGCCGACGUGUCGUUUGCUUUUGAAGUCGCUUUGUCCAGCUCGGGCUCCUCGCAAGAUGCAAUGCAGGAAACCCACCCCGGCGUCAAGCAAGAGCCUUGUUUCGACUUUGCCUCGAACCCGAACGAACUGAUGCCGUCGCAAAGUUCUUCCAACUUACAACAGACGGGUCCGUGGGCAUAUGAACAAGUUGCUGCAUUCGAUAGCUCGUCUUACUCACGGCUAGCAGCAGGCUCUCAGUGCAAUCGAGCCGAGUCUUGCUAUCAGACGUCGCCCUAUGUAAAUCAUUACGCAGCGCAGCAAGCCACUGGUCAUGUAAGAUAUGGCCCAGGCCCCCUCUCAGCGGCUUUCAGGGAAGAGAAAAGCUCAGGGGAAGGCUCACCUGACACGAGGUAUCCGUUCACGUUCGGUGCAGACUUACCGGGCCAACACUAUCACGAACCUCCUGCGCGAACCACGGGAUACUCGGAAAGUACGACCUUCUCGAGCGCAGCAUACUCAGGUUCGGCACAAACUCAGUCUCUUGCCUACUCGUGCACGGCCGAGUCAAGCGUUCACAAGACCCACAUAGGCUUGGCUUCGGGCCAGGGUGUUUGGGAGCCAACACCGGGUUACGCUGCAACGAGGGGCUACACGCAGGCGACGCAGAGCUACGCUGGGGAACGAAUUGCGCCAGUGCGGUUUACAGACAACUAUGUCGAGUGGCAUUAA